UUAGCGGUUUUUUUUAACCGCCCAGUAGGUGAACGCGCCAGCUUCACCCGGGGCAGCCCUUUAAAAAAAGACAUUUUUGAAAGGUCACCCGUGACUAACUGGCCCUUUAAGGUAUAGGAAGAAAAAGCAGGUUCCGACCUGGAGGUUCACUGGUCUGAAGGGAAGAGGGUGUGGGCUGUGGAGGAGAACGUGUGAAAAAGCGAAAACAACGGGGAAAGUGAAAGGGGUUGUGAUGAGGUGGGCAUAGUAACCCCUGAGCUCCUCCUAGGUAUCACCUCUGCUUCCCACCCCGAUCCUCCUGGCACGAUAUCAUGUCUCAGGAAAGUGAGCAUGGGAAAUGGACAGUGUCUAGUAGCGAUGAUGAGAGUGCAGCGGAACAAACGAAGAGCGAGAUACCGUCCACCUCUUUGCUGCAGCAAACUGGGCAAGAGAAGGGUCCCCGUUACCCUUGCUCAGAGGCCAGGAAAGCUGCUCACAAAAGAAAAGCAUCUCCCCUGGAGCAUAGCGAUGGAAGCUUUCCGCAGGAAGUGGCCCCGGCUCAGAAACAGAAGCCCUCUCAAGAAGGUUUAGGUUGGUGCCUUUCUAGUAGUGAUGAUGAGGAAGACAAUCUGAAAGAGCGAAGGGGGAAAGGAGGUGCAGCAGCUGGAGUCGGGCAGGAAGAGAGUUGUGCUCCUAAGGGGAUCCUAUCAAACCAUAAACUUCCACCAAGCCACGAAAGGACAGAGCCGUCUGACAGAGUACAAGAUGCUUGGGAUCUAUUAAAUGGACGAAACCCUUUCAGAUUCUUCCUCACUAAAGUCAAAGGAAUUAAGGCAAAGUACAAUUCUGGAGCCCUACACAUAAAAGAUAUUUUGUCUCCCCUCUUUGGAACUCUUGUAUCUUCUGCUCAGUUUAACUAUUGUAUAGAUGUGGAGUGGCUUGUCAAACAGUAUCCAAAGGAAUUCAGGGACAAACCUUUAUUAAUAAUCCAUGGGGAGAAGCGAGAAUCCAAGGCUGCACUACAUGAAGAGGCACAUCCUUAUAAAAAUGUUCGCUUAUGCCAGGCAAAGUUGGAUAUUGCCUUUGGAACACACCACACUGGCAGGCUCUCAUGCCUCAUGGAGUGCUGCUCCAGAGGGCCCCCACCUUUGGGGAAGUUGCCUGCAGCUGGAAGGGAAGAGCUGAAAAGCCCCUGUGUACUCACAGCACACAAUGUGUGGCCUUUAGAUUUGUUCAGGAAAAUGAUGUUGUUACAUUACGAAGAAGGGCUUCGCGUGGUGAUACAUACAUCCAACCUUAUUGAUGAUGAUUGGUACCAGAAAACACAAGGAAUAUGGCUAAGCCCUCUGUAUCCAAAACUGCCACUUGGAGCUGCUGAGUCUGCUGGUGAAUCUCGUACUAAUUUUAAGUGUGACCUGAUAAGCUAUUUGAGGUCUUACAAUUCUCCUACUCUCAAUGAAUGGGUUGAAAUAAUCAAGCAGCAUGAUCUUUCAGAGACAAGAGUAUAUCUUCUUGGGUCAACUCCAGGUCGAUACCAAGGCAGUGAAAAAGAGAAAUGGGGUCACCUCAGACUUAGAAAGCUUUUGAAAGAGCAUGCAACCCAGCUACCUGAUCAGCAUUCUUGGCCUGUAAUAGGACAGUUCUCGAGCAUUGGAUCUUUGGGAGCUGAUCAGUCCAAAUGGCUGUGUUCAGAAUUUAGAGACAGUUUGAUCUCUCUAGGAAACAGCACAAAGACUCUGACAAAUCAUGAUGUUCCUGUUCACCUGGUUUACCCAUCAGUGGACAACGUGAGACAGAGUUUAGAAGGUUAUCCAGCUGGUGGUUCUCUUCCGUACAGUAUACAAACAGCACAGAAACAGCUUUGGCUGCACUCUUACUUCCACAAGUGGUCAGCAGAGACGUCAGGUCGUAGCCACGCAAUGCCGCACAUUAAGACUUACAUGAGAUCAUCUCCAGACUUCCAGAAGAUUGCAUGGUUUCUAGUUACAAGUGCCAAUCUUUCUAAGGCUGCUUGGGGAGUGUUUGAGAAAAAUGGCACGCAGAUGAUGAUCCGAUCAUAUGAGCUAGGAGUCCUCUUCCUGCCAUCAGAAUUUGGCUUGGAUGCAGGCUACUUCCAAGUGAAGGAAAACAUGUUUUCUGAUGAGCCGGUGUUAUCAUUUCCUGUACCUUAUGAUCUGCCCCCAGAGAAGUAUGAAAGCAAAGAUCGCCCAUGGAUUUGGAAUAUUCCCUACACCAAAGCGCCUGAUACACAUGGAAAUAUGUGGGUCCCUAAAUGAAUAGCCUAAGUUCACCCUGAAACUUCAGCAUCGUUAAAUAUGAGCCGAUUCAUAUACCUGUGGGACUUGCUGGUUUUAAGAACAUUUACACAGGAUGUAAACUAACUUCUCUUUUUUAAAGAAGUACAUUUUUUAUAGAUUGAAAACAUUUUGAAUAAAAUAAUGGGCAUAUAGAUGAACAUUGCUAGAGCUUAUGAUAAUGCAGUGCUUUUAAAAUUGAAUUUAUAAACAUCAUUGCUGGUUUUUUUAAAUGACCAUGGCAGUUGGGUCAGACUAUCUUUGUACUGAGCCUGAAUAUUUUUAGCCCUGUUCCUUCUUUAUCCUGGAAACAGUGGCCCUGAUGAAGGAGAAAAUUGUGCAGAAUUGAAAUAAAGUGAAUAAAAGUUA